GGUGUUGGAGGACUGUAAAAGAAAAUCCCUAGUGGCCCAGAGCAAGACUUGUAACUCUCGCCAAGCAGUACGAUACAAAGAAGCAAAAUGCGAGGUUUGUUCUCGACAGUCGUGGUACUUCUGUUGGCCUUGAUGAUGGUAACCACAGAAGCCGGCAAAAACAAGAAAGAGAAGGGAGCCAAAGGCGCCAAGGGAGGUACCUCCGACUGUGCUGAGUGGCGCUAUGGCAACUGUGCGCCUAGCAAUGGAGAUUGUGGAGUUGGUGUGCGAGAGGGAACCUGCAAUGACCAGACAAGGAAACUGAAAUGCAAAGUGCCUUGCAACUGGAAGAAAGACUUUGGAGCUGACUGCAAGUACAAGUUUGGCACCUGGGGCGAGUGUGACGCAGCCACCGGAUCCAAGAACCGUUCCGGAACCUUGAAAAAGGCCCUGUACAACGCGGAGUGCCUGCCCACCAUCCAGGUGUCCAAGCCAUGCCCUGCAAAGACCAAGACAAAGACCAAAGGAAAGAAGGGAAGAGGAAAGGAGAACUAGAAAGUGGAUAAGUCCUCAUCCAGCCAGUGUCACCCUGCUAGUACUAGAGGUCCACAAUCUGUCAUCGGUUUGAUUUUAUUGCGCAAUUUCCUUUGCUUUUUUGAAACAAACAUAAUAUGCACAAGUGAAUUAUAAGAUGUAAAGUCAGCCUUUCCUUCAAAUACAGUGUAACACAUGAAAGACGUUUCUAAACAUUGACCAAAUACCCCACAAAUGUAGAUAAACACAUGCCUAAUUUCUUAACUGUUUUCUAGCUCUCUGAGCAAUUUGGCCUGCUUUUGUCUGGAUACUUCCUUUGUGUUAGUAAAGGUCCAGCCAUGAUCAUGUUGAAUUAUGCUAAAUAUGCCAGAACCAGAUACUUUGACCUCGCCAGUGUUCUAGAUCGACCUACACCUUGUGAUGUACAGACAUUUUUCAGAGUUGUAUUUUGUGUAUGAUCUCAGUUCAACUAGAGUCAAGGAAAGCUCCUUGUUUGAGAUUAUUUCUUAACCAGUAGAUUAUUUGAAAUGCUUGCGUUUCCUUUUAAUAAAAAAAUUGUCAUCUUACUUUUUUAUAGUUUUCUCUUGACUACCAAUUAGUAUUACUAACAGAAUUGGUGAGAGGAUUUCAAUUGUUUUCCAAAACUAAACAUAGAAAGACAAUUAUUUUCCAAUAUUUUUCUAGUAAAAUGAGUCAUCUGUUUCAUGUACAAUACACAACUGAGUUUGAAUACUCAAGAGAAUGCAGGUUUUGUAAAGAUAAUAGUGGUAUUAUUGAAGCAAUUCAUUUUAUAAUAUUUCAUCCAAAUGGUGGCAGUCCAAUUUGAGUGAACUGCUGUGUUAAUAUCUUUUUUAAAACACAAAUACAGACACUUUCACACAUAAUAUGUACUCUCAUUUUUGUAAUUGCCGUCAGUAUUACACAAACCUUGGGAACAGAGAAAAAACCACUUUAAAUAAACUCUGAAUUUGG